GUGACGGAGUUGUUUCUAAACCAUCAAUAAAAUCAUUCAUCUAACUCAAUCCAAAAGCCAUAUGUUCCACCGUUUCCAUUCAUCUAACUCAAUGGAAAACAAACACAUAGCAGUUAUUGCUUUUCCUUUUGGCAGCCACCUUAUGCCUCUGUUAAACCUUGUUCUCAAACUCGCUCAUGCUGCUCCACACUGUAUAUUUUCAUUCAUUGGCACACACACAUCAAACGCAAUCCUCUUCCCAAAACCCAACAUUCCUAACAACAUCAAGCCUUAUAGCAUAAGCGAUGGAAUCCCAGAGGGUCACGUCCUAAGCAACGAUCCAACCCAAAAAAUUGAUCUUUUUCUCAAAACUGGUCCUCAGAACUUGCACAAGGGAAUACAACUUGUUGAAGCCGAGACAAAGAAGAAAGUCACAUGCAUCAUUUCCGAUGCUUUUGUGACCUCUUCUCUCCUUGUGGCUCAGACACUCCAUGUUCCUUGGAUUGCCCUUUGGCUUCCCACUUCAUGCUCACUUUCUCUGUAUUUUUACACUGACUUGAUACGCCACCACUGUGCAAACCAUGCUGCAAAGACAACCUUGGAUUUCCUUCCGGGGUUGUCUAUGAUGCGUGUUGAAGAUAUUCCACAGGAUCUGAACGGAGAAAAAGAGAGUAUAUUUUUAAGGACGCUUCUUUCAUUGGGUCAGGUGCUACCUCAAGCUAAGGCAGUGGUCAUGAAUUUCUUUGAGGAAUUGGAUCCACCUUUGUUUGUUCAGGACAUGAGAUCAAAGUUGCAGUCUUUGCUCUAUGUUGUUCCACUUCCCUCUCCGCUGUUGCCACUCUCCGACAAAGAUUCAAGUGGGUGUUUGUCGUGGUUGGAUACCAACAGAGCCAGAUCGGUGGCUUAUGUUUGCUUUGGGACCGUGGUGGCACCGCCGCCCCAUGAGCUUGUAGCGGUGGCAGAGGCAUUGGAAGAAAGUGGGUUUCCAUUUCUGUGGUCUCUAAAGGAAGGUUUAAUGGGUGGUUUGCCAAAUGGGUUUGUUGAGAGGACCAAGAUGCGUGGGAAAGUGGUGGCUUGGACCCCUCAAACUCAAGUUUUGGCACACGAUUCGAUAGGAGUUUUCUUAACUCACUGUGGAUCUAACUCUGUGAUUGAGAGUGUCUCAAAUGGGGUUCCUAUGAUUUGUAGGCCAUUCUUUGGAGAUCAAGAGAUAGCUGGAAGAGUUAUAGAGGAUAUUUGGGAGAGUGGGAUGAUAAUAGAAGGUAGGGUGUUCACCAAAAAUGCACUGCUGAAAAGCUUGAAUCUGAUUUUGGUGAAGGAAGAGGGGAAGAAGAUCAGGGAAAAUGCUCUGAAGGCAAAGAAGACUGUGGAAGAUGCAGUUAAGCCUGAAGCACAAGCAGCAAAGGAUUUCAAGACUUUGGUGGAAAUAAUUUCUACAUCUUAAAGCCUUUCACUGGAGCAAUCUGAAGGAUGCUCCAUGGGAGCUAGCUACCCAUAUUAAGUGUUCUUGUUAUUUUACAUUUAUAAAAUUUUAAUGUGUACUUGCAGUUAGCAUUCUUAGUACGUCCCCCUGCAAGAUUGUUAGCCUAAUCUUUAAUAUAUGUCAUAUUUGGGUUUUUUUUUA